AUGCGCACCCGGCAAUUCUACUCGUUGCAUGGCUGUUUGUUGACCAUUCUAUGGUUCGAGAACCACGAAGUGCAUCUGCCGCUCCCGACUACGCUGCGCAGCAGUCUCCAACUGUCCUCCCUCCAGACAAAUCGUGUGCAGGAGAUGUCCCUCGAAUUGGACUAUCGCAACACUUUCAUUACCGUCCAGGAGGAGCCCCUGGUGCAGCUGAAGCGCCGAGCCUCCAGCGUCCCGCCAAGGCUUGGCCACGUUGCGCUGGAGUUCGAUUGCCCAGCACAGCAACAGGAGGUGGAGGACGGGCGCUAUGUGCAGUCUCUCCAGAAGAAGCUGGCACCCAUCUUCGUUUGCGAAACGGAGCCCCAGAAACCUGACGAGUAUGAGGAACCUACAGCCGAGACGUACGUCCCUUCGGAGGAGAUAACUUCCGAGGGUGAGUCGUCGGAGAUGUCGGCUGAGGACAAGCCCAAGUGCAAUCCGGGAAGUGCAGGUCAUCCGGAGCUGUGCCGCCGACCGUGCAUCUACUUCGCCAUUGGCCAGUGCAUCAACUUGGCGGACUGCAACUUCUGCCACUUGCCACACAGCAAUCGCUCGGCAACUUUGGACAAGAGCCAGCGUCAGGUGAUCAAGGAGAUGAGCCAGCGUGAGUUCUUGAGCGUGCUCCUCCGAUGCCUGCAGGCCAAGGCGGUCGAGGGCGGUUUCGAGCUUGAAGCGCGGGAUGUGCUGCAGCUCUUCAAGGCACAGCUUGGCCAACUGAGGGCAACUCCCAGCAGGGUACCCAAGACCAAAGUCAUGAACCUCGAGAAAGCUCUCGCCCGCAUGACCUUCUUCAGCGUCGCCAGCCUGACCUCCCGCGUGAACCUGAGCAGCGACUUUAUCGACACGUGCAAGGAGAAGGUGAUCAGCCUACGACAGAGGCUCGCCGAGUGA